CCCCCUCCCCCGUCCCUGGCAGCCUAGGCUCCGCUGUCAGUGUGUCCGGGUCCGGGAUGAUGAUGGAGAAUCUCCUGGAGAACCCGGUGCGCGCCGUGCUCUAUCUGCGGGAACUAACCACCAUCGUGCAAAACCAGCAGAGCCUCAUCCACACCCAGCGGCAGCGCAUCGACGAGCUGGAGCGGCGGUUGGACCAGCUGGGCAACGAGAACCGGAGCCUCCGGGAUCUGCAUCAGGCGGCGCAGCAGCAGAGCCCGAACCCGACCCCACAGCCGCCACAGAGCCCCAGCGCCCCCGAGAGCCCGGCGCACGUCCAGGCGCUCACCCCGGCGCACCAGCACCCGCCGCCUGCCCCGCACAGCGAGCCCGAGCCGGAGCCCGCACAGAGCGCUGCGCCCCGGAGCUCCCCGCAGGUCCAGCACAAGCCCGCGACCCUGUGCAAGGCCAUUCUGGGAAGGAAAACCGAGAAUGAGACUGUCUUGCACCAGUUCUGUUGCCCUGUUGCAGAUGCAGAGCAGAAACCGUCUCCACCGAGUGAUGACUCCGCCAGUAAGAAGCUGUUGUGUACCCCCUGGGACAUCCGGGAAGGUGACAGUCAGAUGAACAGCAGUUCCAAACAGCCUGGAGAGGAGGAGAUGCUGACCAAGGCCAGUCUGCACCACACUGGCUCCCCGGUCCGAGUACAGCGAGGGAAGAAUGCGGCCACCUGCUCUCAUGGGACAAAUAAAUCGGAAUAUGAGUUGUCCUUGGACCUUAAGAACAAACAGAUUGAGAUGCUUGAGCACAAGUAUGGGGGGCACCUAGUAUCUCGCAGGGCAGCCUGUACCAUCCAGACAGCAUUUCGACAAUACCAGCUAAGCAAGAACUUUGAAAAGAUCCGAGACUCCUUGCUACAAAGUCGCCUCCCCCGACGCAUUUCCUUGCGAAAGAUUCGAGUCCAUAACCCAGAUAGUUUCCCUUCUGCUGAAAAAGCUCUGUUGGAAAGCUACAAUUUGAUGGGUAUCCCUCUAGUGAGGUCUCCUUCCCUCCCAGCUACUAUCAGUGGGGCAUUAACUGAGCUUGAAGACUCCUUCACUGAACAGGUACAGUCUCUUGCCAAAUCUAUUGAUGAUGCCCUCAGCACUUGGAGCCUGAAGACCAUGUGUGCCUUCCCUGAGGCAGGCUCCUACCAGAUACGGGAGACCUUUAUGCAGCAGAAUCCAGAACUGGAGCCACCUAAACUAGAAGAAGGAGAAAGUGAGGAUAGCAAACUGGGGACUCUACCUAAAAGUAGCAGUACAUUAAUGAUGGCUUUCCGUGAUGUUACAGUUCAGAUAGACAAUAAUAAUAUUUCAGUAUCCUCCUCUACUUCCCUUUCCAUGUCCAACUGCUUGGCCGGGACUCAGAACUCUAAAACGGAGGAGGAGAGGGUCAGUGUCAGUGGAGAAGUUACUUUGGAGCCUCCUUCCCAGGAAACUACCCAUGAGACGCACGUUGUACAGAACUCCUUUCCUGAGGUGAAUGGUAAUGGGGUUGGGAAGGAAUUAGUUGGACCUGUUCCUACUGAAACUGAAACUACUGACCUCUCAGAACAGUUGAGCAGCAGUAGCACCUCCACCUCUGCUAAGUCUGUAUCUGAGGUGUCUUCUAAGGAGGCCUUGCAAGCCAUGAUCCUCAGCCUUCCUCGGUACUAUUGCGAGAACCCUGCCAGCUGCCGAUCACCAACUCUCUCAACUGAUACAAUGAGGAAGAGACUGUACCGCAUCGGGCUGAACCUGUUCAAUAUUAAUCCUGAUAAAGGCAUCCAGUUCUUAAUCUCUCGCGGUUUCAUCCCAGAUACCCCCAUUGGGGUUGCACAUUUCCUGCUACAGAGGAAAGGACUAAGCCGACAAAUGAUUGGCGAAUUCCUUGGGAACAGCAAAAAGCAAUUCAACCGGGAUGUUCUUGACUGUGUGGUGGAUGAAAUGGAUUUUUCCAACAUGGAGCUGGAUGAGGCUCUGCGGAAGUUCCAGGCACACAUCCGAGUGCAGGGUGAGGCACAGAAGGUGGAACGUUUGAUAGAAGCCUUCAGCCAGCGGUACUGUAUGUGUAACCCAGACAUCGUUCAACAGUUCCACAACCCGGACACCAUCUUUAUCUUGGCAUUUGCCGUUAUCCUUCUCAACACGGACAUGUACAGCCCCAGCAUCAAACCUGACCGCAAGAUGAUGCUAGAAGAUUUUAUACGCAACCUCAGAGGGGUGGAUGACGGAGCAGACAUUCCCCGAGAAAUGGUGGUAGGCAUCUAUGAACGAAUCCAACAGAAGGAACUGAAAUCUAACGAGGAUCACGUGACCUAUGUAACAAAGGUGGAAAAUUCUAUUGUGGGCAUGAAGAGCGUGCUCUCAGUUCCUCACAGACGUCUCGUUUGCUGCAGCCGCCUUUAUGAAGUGACCGAUGUGCAUAAAGUACAGAAACAAGCAGCACACCAACGAGAGGUCUUCCUGUUUAAUGACCUUCUAUUGAUCUUAAAGCUUUGUCCAAAAAAGAAGACUUCCUCAACCUACACGUUCUGCCGGGCGGUGCCGCUCCUGGGGAUGCAGUUUCAUCUUUUUGAAAAUGAAUAUUACCCGCAUGGGAUCACACUGGUCAGCCCACUCUCAGGUUCAGAGAAGAAAUUAGUUUUGCAUUUUUGUGCACUUGGCGCUGAGGAACUACAGAAAUUCCUGGAGGAUCUAAAGGAGUCCAUUUGUGAAGUGACAGAGAUGGAACAGAUCCGUAUUGAAUGGGAAUUGGAGAAGCAGCAUGGGGUAAGGACUGCCCCCAUUAGGACAAACGGGUCUCAGUUGGACAUUCAGUGCACGCAGGAAUCCCCCAUUGGUAAGCACGAGUCACCUGAGAAGGACACAGACAGCGUGGUGGAGGUGUCAAUUCACAACAGGCUUCAGACGUCCCAGCACAGCGGCCCCCAGGGGCCAGAGAAUGGAGCUCCGGGCAGCACGGCUCCUAAUGGGCAGCGGGAGGCUCUGCAGGCUGCCCCCUCCGACCGGCUCCUGCAGUGUCAGCAGAUUGUCAAGUUGGACUUCAGGUACAAGAAGAUUUUGGAAAGAUUUGGAGUUGUUACAAUGGGACAAACUGUGAGAAUUAUGGGACCCCAUGUGUCAUUCUGAUCAUCACCGGAGCCACGUAUCUUCACAAAAGAAGAGGAGCACAAAUCCACAAAAAGAUGUUUCCAGCUUCAUGCCACGUUGAAGUCUUCUACAAAGGAUUAAGAUUCACUAGUGUGAUUGGUGAUGUUCUGUAGAGCACCUACCCGCUGUUCAUCUGUUUCUUCAUUGUUAUGAUCAAUAUGGCCAUCAUGGGUUCACCAGUCAUUUCCGGGUUCCUAAAUGGCAAAUCUGUGCAUUGAAGCUACAAUAGCAGCCAUAUUAGUUGUCUCUCAGUUUCCCAGUAACAGAGAAAACUAAGAAAACAUUGAACACAAUUUAGUUACUUUCAGGCAUUCUCUUUUGGGUCUAGAUGGUGUCUAGACAUGCACCAGAUUUAUCACAGGGGCUCAGGCUGGAUGGUAAAUGUGGUGCAGGAAAAUACAGUUUUCUCUGACUCUAUACCAACUAUUGGUUGGCUUAGUUUGAGAAUGAAUUUUGUUUUGUUUUUUGUGGCACAAUUUUGGAGCUAAAUAUUGCAUAUUAAGCAAGACUACUUUCACUCGAAACCAUGCACCUUUUCCAGUAAGUCAUGUCCCCAGGCACAGAUGAUUUCUCUAAACCUAGAUGUGCAAAUUGUGCCACAUUAUGGCGCAAUUUACACCAAAAUCUAGGUACACAUUAGUAACUGUGAGCCCUUGUAUUUCAGUUGUUCACACUUUUCAAGAUCUUUGCUUCUUGUCGGUGAAUACAAACCUCAUUUAUGCCCAAAGGCUUGAAAAGCCACCCUAGCACGGGUGCAUGGCUCAUUAUUAUACAUAAUCAUGAAACCUUGAAACUGGCCAAUAGCUGAAAAACAAAGUAUAUUAAAACUUGCCGAAAGGGCUUUUCUGAGAUCUUUUUUUACUGAUGGCCUAUGCUCAGGAUAGGACCCUCACUGAUCAGCUGUUUGAGAAGGCAGUGGUGCUCGAGGUAGCAAUGUACCCUUUCCGAGCUUAGCCUGCCCUAGGCCAUGUAAUGUCACGUGCAUCAUCACAUAACCUAGGCGCAGUUCAGCCCCAUUGAAGUGAAUGGAACCGAGCUGCAAUACCAAGAACAACCACUAUACAAUGUACUGUAUGGCGCUGUGCUUGGUGAGCAUAGAGAAGACUGACGGUGACCUCUCAAACAGCUGAUCAGUGGGGGUCCUGGAUGUUAGACUCCCACCGAUCAGAUACUGAUGACCUAGCCAGUGGAUCAGUAAAAGGAUCUCGGAACAACCCUUUUAAGCUUUUCCUUCACAAAACUGGCUGUAUAUCCCUUAUAAAUAUAUAUCUUUUUCUAAUCACUACAUGCAAAGUCAAAAACCCUAUCCCUGCUGAUGAGCUUGCUGUCUUUUGUGGAGGCUUGAUGUGAUCACUGAUGAUGCACAAUAUGAAUACCCAGUGGUUACUGCAUUAACUGCAUGGUGCAUUAUAUACAAAAUCAAAAAUCUUAUUCUCCCAUAAGGUGAAUACAGACUUUUUGUAGGGAGAAUUUUUUUUAUGUUUCACUCUUCACUGAUGUUUCAUGAAAUGGCUCCUCAACUCGUAAGGUAUUAGCCACAUGGUACAUUACAUAAUACUUCAAAAACUGAAGCUCCAGCAGAGAAAAACCAAUGUUCUUCAUGUUAUCACAUGUGGCAGUCUGACAUAGGGGAAUGAUGAGCUUCGGGUAGGGCCAAACCAUGAUUUACAUGUUGAAUUCAAAGCCCCAUUCCUGCUGAUGAGCUCCAGUAAGGGCCAAGCUGUGUCUUACAUGCACAGUUGAAAAUCCUAUGCCCACUGAUAAGGUCGAGUUAUGACCAACCAGUUUUUCUUGGUGGAAAUGCCAUGAUAUCUAUGAUAUUUCACAAUAGAAAUACUUAGUCUUAAGAGUAUUAAUUGUAUAGUGCUUUACAUGCUGAAUCGAAAAUCCUGUCCUCACUAAUGGGCUUUCAAGGUGGAAAUAUUUUGUCAUCACAUAUAUUUAGUGGUAUUAACACCUAGUGAUAAGCGCAUUAACAGUGUGGUGCUUUACACGCUGAAUUGAAAGCCCUAUUCUCACUGAUGAGCUCCACUAAGAGCCAAACAGUGUUCUUGUAAGUCAUUAAUAUCUUCUAACAUGAAUAUCCAGCCAUUAAAGCAUUAAAUGUAAGGGCUACCAUGGCAAUGACAGUUCACAAAAUUAUAUUUUUCUGAAUAGGAGUGGAUUGUUGUAGCGCUAGAUUUUAAAAAGCAUUUUCUUCAUAUUGGACUAUAUCGUUAGCCCGGGCAACCUGUAGAUUAGAUGAGAGUUUUGUGCAUAUCAAGGGUGACCGUGGCUGUUUAUCAAAUUGUAAUCUGUAUUUCAUUAUGUGUAAAACCUAAUCUAGAACUUAUUGGAGUUGUCCAGGAUUAGGGUACGGACAGACGUUAAAUUUUUUUGGGGGGGUUUAUGCUGUUUUUGAAGCCAAAGCUAGGUGUGGAUUAGAAGAAGAGAAGUCGGAUCUGCACAUGUAGCGCUAGGUCUUAUUCACACAGCCAGUGUUUGGCCAGUGAUUUCCAGCAGUGAUUGUGAAACAAAACCAGGAGUGGAGCCUACGUAUAGAUAAGGUGUAAUGGAAAGAUUUGUACCUCUUCUAUAUUUUUGACCCACACCUGGUUUUGGCUUCAUAGUCACUGACCAAACAAUGAUAGUGUAAAAACAGCCUUAAAGGGGUUCUCCAGGAAUUAAGAAAAUGAAAAUACGUAAAUAUUAC